AGUUUCAGACGGCGAGGGAGGGAGGAAGUUGUUGCUGGAGGGAAGGAGGGACAGAGAGGGGUGAAUGAAAUUUUUAGGAUUGGAGAAAAGAGGCAGGGAAACUCACUUUGCUAGUUUGGGACCUAACUGUGGCUGUCACAUAAAACAUCCGCAGAAAACUCAAAAUUGCUUGUUUUUUUUUCUGCAAUCUGAUUUUAUAUUCGCUUGAACGUCAAUGAAUCGAUAUUUUAUAGCUAAAGUAUACCCCAGAUUCACUAAAAUGCUCAUGGAACCUGUACAAUGGAUGGAGGUGUCCAGCGAUCAUGGAGGCCGGUGAGAGAAUGACAGCCCAGAGAGACCCCAUCUACUCCACUGUUAACAGACUGAAGCUAAGCUGUUUGGACAGAAAUUCCUCAGAGGAAAACCGAGAGUUUGGGAGAAGACGCGAGGUGACCCUAAAACUACCCUUCACCCCGUUAGAGAACCUGAACAACCAGCGGGUGGAACCAUUGAAGAUGGCUCAGAGAGGGCCCGCUUUAGACCCUUAUAGCGGUGACACUACUCUCACUUUAGGUUCCAAGUCGUCCAGAUCCAACAACAUCAAGGACAAGAUAUCUUUGUGGGAAGGCAAGGAGUUGACUCAUUUGGGCACUCUAGGAAAAGGUGUCCCAGUGAAACGGACAGACUCCCUCCCAAAAACACAUCAAGCCCCAGAAAAGCAGGGAGUGGUGAUCAAAGAAAGGGAAGAUUCUGGGAAAGGAUACCCAGAUCUGAGGCCCUGCUCACCUGAUGAAGUGCUCAAACAUGGUGGGACGGUUGACAACCAAACGAGGGACGAUUGUAGAAGAGUUCCCAAAGAAAAGCAUGACCAUGAGAAGGAAAACGUGGAGCAUCCCAGGGCUUUGAGGCCUAGUUCCUCAGGGACUGAGCAAGUUGGGAGUCUCAGAAAGGGAGGCGACAGGAGGACAACUCAACAAGCAAACCAAGAGAAGCGAGAUGUGUUCACUCUUUUUAAAAAGCUGGAGGCGAUGGGGGACAACCACCGGAAAAUGCCUCCGGAGCUUGGAAACUACUUCAGUCCACCAGGAAAGGACAUAAAGGUGGAGGGUAGGCCAAAAGAAAAUGAGAAUUCCGGGAAGGAAGAGGAGAUAGAGCAUCAGGACAAUGUGUACGCAGAACCUGGAGCACCUCCCAUCAACCCCAUACCCAAACCCAGACGUACCUUCCAGCACCCGGCGGCAGCUCCGGUGGGAAAGAACCAGGCAGACGGCAGAGGGCAGAGGAACCUGCCCCCGCUGCCAUCGCUCUCCUUGAAAACCUCCUCAAAACCUCCAUCGGGGUUCUACGGGAGACCCAGAACUGUCCGAGACAACAUCAACAGGAGAUCAAUGGAACUGGAGGACCUUCUGGGGACAAACAGUCCUCUGUUCCGCCGCUCUCUUUCUCAGGAGCAUCACUACGAAGACAUCCUGGAUUUGUCCAAAGAGAACGUAUAUGAAGACAUAGAGCUGGAGAGUCAGUGCUCUCAGCAGUCGGUGCCCUCCUCUCCGGGUGCAGACAUCAGCAAGGCCUCCAGACCUGCUUUCUUCAGGCAGAACUCCGGCAGGAGCUUCAAGCUUCUAGAUUUGAAGAAAGCUCACCAGCAGGUCCAGAGAGCCAACAGUGGGGGGGUUGCAUCUCCGCUUCACCUCAGUCCUCCAUCCACCCCCACCGGAUCAGAUCAGGGUCUGUGGCUGGCGGGGGAUCCUUACAGCCGCUCUUGCCGCAGGAUACCGACGGUUGUGUUGAGGAUAAACGGCAUAUUUGAGGCUCGAAGCCGGAAAAAACACCUGAGAAGGAUCUAUCAUUAUUCUGAGACGAGUUCAGGGCGAGCAACUGAUGAAAACAGCGACUCUGAAAGCGAGUUUGAAGAGAGAUCUAAAGCUCACCGCCAGCGCCUGGUGUCGGUCCAGUCCAUUCUGAGCCAGUCCAGGUCGGCACCGCUCCACUACAACGGUUCCCACAUCAGGAAGAGUCCUCUGCAUCACGAGCUGCACCAGCGCAGGCUGUUUGAAUACUUCCUGGUCGUGUCACUGCAGAAAUCAAAGGAUCAAUAUCUGCCAGAGGUCACUCAGCAGUUUCCUCCAAAGUUGGAGCGAAGCUUCAAGUUUCUGAGAGAAACAGAAGAUCAGCUGAAGAUUAUUCCUCAGUUCUGUUUCCCUGAUGCGAAAGACUGGGAAUCAGUGGAAACAUAUCAAAGUGAGAUGUUUUCCUUUGUUUUGACUGGAGAGGACGGGAGCCGGAAGUUUGGAUACUGCCGGCGAUUACUGCCCAGUGGGAGGGGCAAACGCCUGCCUGAAGUCUACUGCAUUGUGAGCCACCUCGGCUGCUUCAACCUGUUCUCCAAGGUGCUGGAUGAGGUGGAGAGGAGGAGGGCUCUGUCUCCCGCGCUGGUGCAGCCGCUGAUGAGAGCCAUCAUGGAGGCCCAGUUUCCAGCUCCCGGCAGAACCAUCAGCAUCAAAACGUUCCUUCCUGGUUCAGGGACUGAGGUGAUGGAGCUCUGCCGGCCCUCAGACUCCCGUCUGGAGCACGUGGAUUUCGAAUGUCUGUUCUCCUGCUUGAGCCUGCGUCUCCUCCUGAGGGUCUUCGGCUCUCUCCUGCUAGAACGCCGCAUCAUCUUCACCGCAGACAAUCUAAGUACGCUGUCCCAGUGCUGCCAUGCGGUCGUGGCCUUGCUGUAUCCCUUCGUGUGGCAGCACACCUACAUCCCCGUGCUGCCCUCGGCGAUGCUGGACAUCGUCUGCACGCCGACUCCCUUCAUCGUGGGCCUGCUGUCCAGCUCGCUGCCCCAUCUCACCGAGCUGCCCCUGGAGGAGGUGCUCGUCGUGGAUCUUGGAAACAGUCGGUUUCUCAGACAGUUGGACGAUGAGGACUCAAUCCUUCCUGCCAAACUCCAAUCCGCCCUGGAAAAUAUUCUGGAGAGGAGAAGAGAACUUGCUAAUGAGCGAGGAGGCAAUAUAAGCGGCGACUCUGAACACCUCAGCACGGUCGUAUCGGAGACUUUUGUGCGCUUCUUCGUGGAAUUAGUUGGCCACUAUCCGCUCUUCAUCACCGGCGAACGCGAGGACGGCUACUCCUCCUCCUCCUCCUCAUCCCCCGCUCCCUGCUCGUUUCAACGAGAGGGCUUCCUGAAGGCCAUCCCGUCCAAGACUGUACGGCGAUUCCUGGAGGUCUUCAUGGAGACUCAGAUGUUCGGCUGGUUCAUUCAGGAGAGGGAGCUUCACAGACAGGCGCUCAGAGGACUUUUUGAAGUGAGAGUGCAGGAAUAUCUCGAUUCGAUCCGUGAAAAUGAGCACCGGAGGGUCAACAAGUUCCUGAAAGGCCUGGGAAACAAAAUGAAAUUUCUUUCCAAGAAAUAAUCAGGGAAAAAAUUGCUCCGACAGUCGGAUGAGGAAAAAACUCCCCGCUGAAUCAACAAACAUAAUCAUACGACUUUUUUCUGGGAGGCUGUCUUCUUCUCCAUUCCUCGCUGUUUCAACAGUUUCAAGGCUGCAAAAGAGAAAGAAAAAAAGAGGUCAAUUCAACAAUAAAGAAAACUGUUUUUGUGGAUAUUUGAUGGUUUGCUAAAAAAAAGAAGAAGAGCUGCAGUACUUUCUGUAUCCAUUGGGGGGCAGCAGUGAGUUUUGUCAGAAUUUUGACCCUGAGUCUUUUGUGUUCAAAAAUGUUCUCCCUCAAAAAUGACAACAUCAUAAAAGGUCCGAAUUUUUUAAGAGUUGAUUUUGAUACAAAUCUCCUACAAAAUAAAGGCAUAAAAGUACUUUGUUCACCCUAA